UUGAGGCGACGGUCGGCGACUCGACCCCAGUGCUCGGCUUGACUCGGCGAUCAGUGCACGCCACGUCGUUCCGCGCCCGCUGAAUUUCGCGUAAUUACUAACAGACGCACGGUUUUUAUCACAAAUUACCGCAAUGGACAGUACUCUGAUUGGAUUUGACAGAACAUUGUGACGGCCACGUGACGAUGGCUUGACGUCGGGAUGAUGUUGACCCCGCUCCAGCGCCGAUGACAACGCUCAGCACAGCGAGCGUGGACCGCGAGCAUGGCGAACGCGACCGACGCGUACUGCGUGCCCGGAGCCACGGACUUCAACAAGGCCUACAGCCGCCUGCACGGAUACAUAGCCCUCGUCAUCUGCAUCGUCGGCUCUGCCACCAACUCCAUAAACAUAGCAGUGCUCAGCCGGCGCGAGAUGACCAGCUCUACCAACUCCAUACUCACGGGACUGGCAGUCGCCGACCUUCUCGUCAUGCUCGAAUAUAUACCUUACGCUCUCCACAUGAAUAUCAAAAUCGGACCUCAAGUCAACAAAAACACUUACGCGUGGGCAAUCUUCGUUUACUUCCAUUCCAUAUUCAGUCAAACGUUUCACACGAUCUCGAUCUGGCUGGCCGUCACGUUAGCGGUGUGGCGGUACGUGGCCAUCGCAUAUCCGCAGAGAAACAGAACUUGGUGCAAUAAAAAGAAUACGACUUUAGCGAUUGUGAGUGCGUAUGUGAUAUGCCCGUUUUUGUGUCUUCCUUUUUAUUUCGCGAUGACUAUAGUGCCGAGUGAAGUGACGCCGCUGAAUAAUUCGGAAUUCGCGGAGGACCUAUCGCUGCCGCAUAAUCGGACCGUAUACGUGCUAGAAAUGUCUAAGAACGUGGAGCUGGUUACGGCAAUUAUGUGGAUAUACAGUGUUAUAUUAAAACUAGUCCCGAGCAUAGCUCUAUCUAUAUUAAGUACGUGUUUAAUAUCAAAAUUAACGACGACGGAGAGGAAGAGGCAGAAGUUGCUAAAGCGUUCAACAGUUGGGCCGAAUGAGACCGAAAAGCAGUGUCUCGCCGAGGAGUCGUGCGUGCGGCGCUCCAGUCGCACCGACCGCACGACUCGGAUGCUGCUGGCUGUGCUGGGGCUGUUCCUCUCGACUGAGGUGCCUCAAGGCCUGUUGGGCCUCGCCAGUGCACUAGCUCCAGACUUCUUCAAGAACUGCUAUAGCAUGUUCGGUGACUUGAUGGAUGUGCUAGCCCUGUUCACGUCAUCAGUGAACUUCGUGCUGUACUGCAGCAUGAGCCGGCAGUUCCGCUGCACCUUCGCGCGGCUGGCGCGCCGAAUGCUGUCCGCGGCAGAGGAGCCGGCCAAGUUCGCCACCAAGCUGGAGCCCACAACGCAGGUAUCGGAUGGAGGCUUCCAUUGUGUCACCGGGCCGCUAUAGCGACAAAUACCCGCCCUGAUCAGGGUGGUCGAAGAAAGUAAUAUGUAAGAGUUUUGAAAGGUACAUAAUCUUGCUCUCUAAAUUAGUUGAAGAUUACUAUAGUUAUUAACUGUAUAAUAUUGUAUUAUUAGUAAGGCGAUGUAAAUUUCCUACUUCAUAGAAUUGUUAUAAAUUUCUUAGGUAGUUAAGUAGAUUAUCUUUAUGUGUCUGUGUUUUUCUCUAGAUUUUGUGUCUUAUGAGCCAUGACGCAAGAUCUAGAAUUCUCUAUCGUCGCAUUUGAGUAACAAUCUGUACAUUUUGUAUUAUAGUUGUGUAUGUCUGAACAAAAUUACUCAGAAUUUUUUUACUUCUAGGGUCCAAAACGUUAAUUGUAUACUUUGUAUUAUAGUUUGAAGAGUAAAGUAGACUACGCAUUUAUGUCACGUUUAAGUACUCACUAUUGUAUACCCGCUAUUUGCACUUACUGUCUUAGUGUAUAGUUAAUAUGAAUAUUGACAGGGUUAACAUAAUAAGCGGGUAACGAUUGCCAUCAUAUUUCAUCGUGUAUGCAAUUAUGCAUGUAAGAUUAGACUUUUAUUACUUUUUGAAUAAAAAUAAAAGUUUGUAAAUACAAUGUCUUAAAAUGUUUGUAAUUUUUAGCAUCAUUUCUACUUUAUGUCAUUUCAAUUGUACCAAAUAAUGUGUGUUCACUGUACGCACGAAUUUCAGUCAAGUAAAGUCAACGCCA